UCUCUGUCACUGCCAGUUUUUUGGAAUAGGAGGGAGGGUGUAUCUGGCGAUAGAGCAAAAUAACCACCAAACGGCUAUAAUUGGCGUUGCAGAUUUUCAGAGGACGAGAGAGAGAGAGAGAGAGAGAGAGAGAGAGAGAGAGAGAGGAGGGAGAGAGGGGUUCUAUAAAAUAUCGUCGCCUUCUCUUUCCCUGCUGCCGAAUUUUCCCCAAAAAAAUUUGGCCGUCUGGGUUCGAUUUGGGUCGCGAGGAUCUGAUGUUGCAGAGUUUGUGAGAGAGACGGCGAAGCUACUGGAGCGUAGGGCUUAUUGGUCAUUUCCUUUUUGCCUUCAAUUUUCACCAUGGCUGAUGGGUAUUACAGUUCGAAGAAGACUGACGAUGUCUGCGACGACGUUUGUGGCCAGCAGGGAUCGCAAGCAGCGUUGAGCAUGUCUAGACUGCGAUGCAUUUUGCGGGGCUUGGAUUUGAAGAUUUACAUUUUCCUGUUUGCGGUUGUUCCAUUAGGCGUAUUUGGGAUAUAUUUACAUGGGCAGAAGAUCUCGUAUUUCCUAAGACCUCUUUGGGAAAAACCUCCGAAGCCCUUCAUUGAUAUUCCACACUACUAUAAUCAGAAUGUGUCCAUGGAAACUCUUUGCAGGCUUCACGGAUGGAAGGUUCGGGAAUCACCUAGACGAGUCUAUGAUGCAGUUCUUUUCAGCAAUGAAGUAGACAUGCUUACAAUCCGAUGGAAUGAAUUGUAUCCUUUCGUGACACAGUUUGUUCUCCUCGAAUCAAACUCAACGUUUACUGGCUUGCCAAAGCCAUUGAUUUUUGGAAAAAACAGGGAGAAGUUUAAGUUUGUUGAAAACCGGCUUACUUAUGUUACGACAGGAGGAAGAUUUCAGAAAGGUGUAAACCCAUUUUAUGAGGAGGCGUAUCAAAGAGUGGCACUUGACCAGAUUCUUAGAGUUGCUGGUAUAGAAGAUGAUGACCUGCUGAUCAUGUCCGAUGUUGAUGAGAUUCCUAGUGCCCACACAAUUGAUCUCUUGAGGUGGUGUGAUGACACCCCGCCUGUUGUUCAUCUUGGGCUGAGGGAUUACUUGUACUCUUUUGAAUAUUAUGUGGAUGACAAGAGCUGGAGAGCAUCCGUUCACAGGUACCAGACCGGUAAUACUACCUAUGCACACUUCAGACAGAGCGACUACCUUUUGCCAGAUGCGGGUUGGCAUUGCAGCUUUUGUUUCCGCCAUAUCAGCGAGUUCAUAUUCAAGAUGAAAGCUUACAGCCACAAUGAUCGGGUGAGGUUCUCUCAUUAUCUGAACCCUCGAAGGAUCCAAGAUGUAAUAUGUAAAGGGGCUGAUCUAUUUGACAUGCUUCCCGAGGAGUACACAUUUAAGGAGAUUAUUGGAAAGAUGGGACCUAUUCCAAGAUCUCAUUCAGCGGUUCAUCUCCCUGCAUAUUUGUUGAACAAUGCUGAGAAGUAUAAAUACCUAUUGCCCGGAAACUGCAAGAGGGAAAAUGGCUAAGUCUUGAAGACGAAGGUGCCUGUUCAAUCAGUUGGACAGGCAAAUUGAUGAUUAAACUCUUGUGAAUAUGACCAGAUAGUAGUCUAUUGGAAAAUUGAUGGCUGUGGUGUGGCAGCGAUACAAAUACACCUUUUUUCCGAAAGAUUCUAGGUCAUUCUCGUAGAGCAACUGGGAAGAACAGGGAUGGCGUCCUGCAAAUUAUCGGGAGAUUAUGUACAUUUCCUUUUUCUUAGGCUUCUUCCCUCGUAGAUGGCAUAUCAAUUCAAUUUGCAAUUGAGGAUUUUUCCAUGAGCGGAAGCUUUCGAAUGUACCCACCACUUGUUGAUGUAGCUUAGUCCCAAAUGCAUGAGAGUACAACUGACAUUUCCCAGGAUUUUCUUUGAUGGGAACUGUUAUUUCUUAGAGUAAAUUAUAUUUCGUCAUCUGAUUUCCCUUCGA